UCAAGCACAACAGAAAAUUUUAAAGUAACAUUUCUACUUGUCAUGACAAUAGAAAACUUAGAGAAAUACAACUUUAAUGUGGUUGUUAUGUUUAAGUGGUAUUUCAUAUUCUUCUUAAGAAGCAGUCAAAAAUACUUCUCUAAUGUGUAAAAAAGGCCGUACUUCCUUUUUUGUCAGUUGUUCGUCAUGGUCUUAUGUUUAGAUCGGUCGUUCCUCAAUUUGACUGGAAAAGAACGUAGAGUUCACAAUUUGACCAGAGUGAGUUCAGCUUUUUAAAGAAUAUUAGAAAUAUUAGAGAGGAAAAUGAAGCUGAUUUUAUUUCUUCUUGUCCUCUUGGAGAACGGAGUGAAUUCAACAGCAGGGCUCCGUGUGUUUUAUUUUUCACAGGAAAUUAUCUUACAAUAUUUCUUUAACUCAAAUUAUAAUAAUUAUGAAAAAUCUUGUUGUAAGUUUUAUCAGUCGGAGUGCAUCAUCUUUGUUAAUAGCAGAGGAUAUGAGGCCAACCUGUACAGAGGAAGAAUAUUCUUCACUAAUUAUUAUGGAAGAUUUGAAGUAAGAAUGACAAAGCUGAGCAUGAUGGAUGCUGGCAGAUACAGAUGUGGUUUCAGUAGCUUCCCUGCCACAUAUCAAUAUGUUCAAGUUACAGUUUCUGAAUUAACACGCAUCGGAGUAAACACAGUUCCUCUCUUGCCAAAAUUCUCCAUCAAACCAUCAGUCUGGCCCUCUACUUCUCCCUCUCCCUCUAUGCCAACUGUUUCUGAGGACGACAAAGAUAAACAAAGUGACAGCUGGAGAGCAUCCUACACAUUAGCUGCAGUUUUAAGUGUUCUGCUGUUUGCUGUCAUCUCUGCGACACUGCUCGUGUACCGUCUAAACACCAGGAAGAAGAAAUCCACAGGUAAGAGUGAAAUUUGUGGUUCUCCUAACAUCUCCGAGGAGCAGAAUGCCAUCAUCUACUCUAUGGUGGAGUUUAAGCCCCACCAGGAUCCAUCUGAACUUUAUGCCAAUUUACAGAUGCACAACCCAAAAGACACUGAUUUUUCUUCAAACUGUAACGUCACAGUAGAGGAAAGUGUAGAAUAUUCCACUAUUAUGAGAGCACCACCAUAAACAUUUGCAAUAAUUGUGUUCUAUGUUUUCAUUGCUUUGAUUUGUUUUUUGUUGUGGUUGCUUUUGUUUUCUUGAGAUAUUUUUAUAUUUUUUUCUUAUUAGAUAUUUUUUUGAUUUUUUUUAGAUUUAAACAAUAUUAUUAAUUCAACACUGUACUGAUACAGCAGAAGUAUUUUAUUCUUGAAAAUGUAAUUAUGAUGAUAAAUGCCGGAAAAUGUCUAUAGAAGUAAAAUGUAUUAUCUAAAAAAUAUAUUACUUUCUGGGUACUUGACUCACGUGGGUGAUUGACCUUUAAGGGCAUAGAAACACAUAGGAUGACAACUUGUGAUGAAAAAAUUAUAAUUGCAAUAAUUUUAUUUUGGAUGAACAGAGAAAGUUUCAGUUAUGAAACAUGUAACUAGAUGUUGAAAGUCAGUGGAAACCAGAUUUUGCAAUUCUUUAUUUCUUUAUCUAGCAGCAGUUAACCGUCAAAAUCUAAAGAGUGAGGCAACAUAAAGAUGAGGUGAAGCAUGUCAUGUGUAAUACAUUAUGUUAGUAUUGAAUAGGAUUUAAGGGACACUGGGUUAAUCGAGGUCACUCAAAUGAAUCAACACUAGGCCUACCACCUUCCACAAACAGUACCAAUAAAUUCUGCAAUGAUA